AUGGCGUUUGGGAUGAUGGUGACAUCUGUGGCGCUUCUGACGAUGGUGACGUCUGUGGCGAUGGUGGCGUCUGUGGCGAUGGUGGCGUCUGUGGCGAUGGUGGCGUCUGUGGCGAUGGCGCUCGCCGACAGUAAUUCUGCGCCGGCGAUUACGAGGCUAGUAAUAAGCUUUCAAUAUCAGUCGCUGGGAGAGGGUUUGCAGAAGGGGCGCAAAAUCUGCGCACAGCGCCAGCACAGGACGCGCCAGCAGCGGAGGAUGAGGACAAGGAGAAGAAAGUGCGGUCGGCGCUCCGGUGCCGCGGUCGCAGCCCUGACGAAAGGCUCAUUGAAGGAACUGUCUCUUACGUCAUCUAUUGCUGCCUCUGACAUUUCAGAACGAGAAGAGUUCAUUGGUUUCGAGCCCGUAAUAAAGAAAUCAGGAAAGGCUCGGCGGAGGCGACGCUGUUGCUCGCUGGCAGACUGCAAGUUGUACUUGGUUGUGUGUGAUGUGCAAGAGAAGAGAAUGCCGCUGCUGCAGGACACGUUCGAGAAUUACGAGCUAUCGAAACAUUUUCGCGACGCGCCGGACGCAGUGCUGGCACCGGCGCUGCUGCCGGCCUUCCACGCGACGGCCAUGGCGUAUCGGAAGAAAGCGGCGGCGGCGGCGCCGCGGCCGCGGGCGGCGGCGCGGGCGGCGGUGGGCCCGGCGCGGGUGGCGGCGGCGGCGGGGCCGGCGCCCGGCCCGCUGGCGGCCGAGGACGGCGCGCCGCUCGGCCCCCGCCGGCGGCCGGCUCGCCGCCCGCGGCCGCCGCCCAAGCGACGCCCGCCCACGCACACGCCCACGCCCGCCGACGAGAAGGGCGGCGCGGGCGGCGGGGCCGCCGGGCCCGGCGCCAGCAACGCCAGCGACCACAACAGCGAGGAGGGCGAGCUGGACGAGUUCGCGCCCAAGCGCAAGCAGCGCAGGUACCGCACCACCUUCACCAGCUUCCAGCUGGAGGAGCUGGAGAAGGCCUUCACGCGCACGCACUACCCGGACGUCUUCACCAGGGAGGAGUUGGCCAUUAAAAUCGGACUCACCGAGGCGAGAAUACAGGUGUGGUUCCAGAACCGGCGUGCCAAGUGGCGCAAGCAGGAGAAGGUGGGUCCGCAAGGCCACCCCUACAACCCGUACCUGAGUUCGGGCGCGCCGCAGCCGCCGUCGACGGUGGUGGCGCCGUCGCUGCCCAACCCGUUCAGCCUGGGCUUCGGGCUGCGCAAGCCCUUCGACGGCGCGGGCGGGCUGGCGGCGGCCUUCCGCUACCCGACGCUGCCCACCGGGCACAUGCUGCCGGCGGCGGCCUUCCUCGCCAAGACAUCUCCGGCCGCCAUCGGCUCCAAGCUGGGCGGGGCGGGCCGGGCCCGCGGCGCGAGAUACCAGCAGACCGCGCGCUGCUGCGCCGCCACGGCAUGGCGCGCGGUGUCCGGCGGCGGGGCGGCGCGGCGGGGCGGCCGCGGCGGCCGUCACGUCGCGGCGUCAGUGGGAAGCGGCGGAGGCGGCGGCGGCGGCGGUGGGGGCGGCUCGCCCCCGGCCGGCGGCGGAGCCACCGCCCCCGACCUGGACCGCCGCACCUCCAGCAUCGCGGCGCUGCGCCUCAAGGCCCGCGAGCACGAGCUGCGCCUGGAGAUGCUGCGCAAGAACGGGGACCUCAUCAGCUGA